UACAAGAUUUAAAAAGGACAAACAAAAGAAUGAGUGCUUUAAAUGUUUUAAAUAUAUUUUACAGUUGUUGGUUGACAUCAGAAAGAAGUUUUAUUUGGAGCUUUGCUGGUCCUAUUGUUUUCAUUUUGUUGGUGAACCUUGUCGUCCUCGUAUAUGCUAUGUUUGCUGUAUGUAAACAUUCCGAGUAUGUGUUUACUAAAGACAAGUCCACGUCCUACAACAUCAAGUCAUGGAUACAGGGGGCGUUGGCGAUGGAAGUUCUGUUGGGACUUACAUGGGUGUUUGGAUAUUUCUAUAUCAGUGAAGAAGCGAUACCUAUUGCAUACUUAUUCACAAUUUUCAACAGUCUUCAAGGCCUUUUUAUCUUUGUUUUCCAUUGCCUGCUCAACAAAAAGGUCCGGAAGGCAUAUUCUCGGUUCAUAGAUUACCCAGGGAGACUGACGUCAAGCGGGACACAUUCAACUAAAGCUGACCAGCAGAAUGGAUCAGGUCCUACAUUUGCAUCAUAUCACAUGCGUGGAACGAGAAAACAUUCAAAAUUUUUAGAUCUUACGAAUGACAGACGUCCGUCAUCUAUGUCCACAACAUCUGCUUAAAACCAAA